AUGGAUGGAUGGGUAGAUGGAAGAUGGGAAUGGCAGUUGAGGUGGAGAAGGAACAGAUUCGAAUGGGAGGUCUCACAGGAGCAUCAGCUACUUCAAGCGAUUGAGAAUACCAACUUUCAAAGAGAUCAAGUGGACUCAUGGAGUUGGGAAUGCGAACCUUCUGGCAUGUUCUCAGUGAAAUCAGCCUAUACAACUAUAUAUGAUAGCUCAUCGUUAGUGGGUGAAACUAAUGUUCCCUACUUCUUUUGGUCUAUCCCUGCUCCAUCGAAGGUUCAUUAUUUCAUGUGGAGAUUGGUUAACUCUGGCAUCCCAAUCGUUGAUAAUCUAAUUAGAAGAAACAUAACACUUGAGCCUCAACAAACUUUAUGCCCGUUUUUCAAGUCUGAUGCAGAAACGGUGUCUCACAUUUUCUGCACAUGCCCUCUUAGUGAUAAAGUUUGGAAGCAAUGUCUCUCUUGGAUUAAUUGUCCUUCACCACUUCCUAUGCAGGGUACUGAUUGGGGUUUGCAAUUUCAAGGAAGUGUACAACCUAUUGCCAUGAAGCAUGAAGUGACAAUACUAGAGCUGUCAAAAUGA